AUGAGGCUGCAGGGGACGUCUCAAGUCGGAGGCCGAGGCAAGACGGUCUCCGAGGUUGGCAACCUCAGGAUGCCUGCAUGGCUGGCUGCGAGUCCCGUAACGGCAAGGUACCACCUGCUCUCUUCUUUCACGAGUUUCAUCGGGGUAGACAACAUGGAAUUGUUCGAUCCUGCACAUCUGACUCGGUGGAGUAUCUGA